AUGUUUUUAACCUUUCAUGAUACGAAUGGAUCGGUCUGUGUGCGUGCGUAUAAACACACCGAUAGGGAUAAGGAUAGAGAUAGGGAGGGAGAGAGUUGGAAAGGCAAGCAAAUGACGUCUGACAUAACUUUUAUUACGCGGCAAAAUUUUACCGAAAUUUUUCCUCACUUUGUGAGGGAUCUUAGCGAGGCAAACUUUACGGCCGUCGAUCUUGAGUUUACCGGCAUUGACCGCGAGUCCAAUUCCGAUUUUCUUAGGCUGCCCGAGGAGGCUUUUUUGCAGAAGAUGGCAGCAGCACGUCUGUUUAGUCCAUUGCAGAUUGGAUUUAGUAUGUUUCGCGGUGAUACCGACCUGGAAGGCAACUCCGGUGGGAAUUCGCCGGGCGCGGGCGUCAAUUCUCAAUCUUACCGCGACGCAAUGGGCUGGGAAGCAAAAUCCUUUUGUCCUUGUGGAUUGAUGGGACCGAUGCUCAAGCAGAUAAUUGAGUCGUGGGUUUCCAAGGGACAAGUAGACCCCAAUGAACUGGCGGAGCUCGAAAAGAGACGGCGGGAGGCGGAGAAUAUCUGCGGGAGCGUUGCAGAAUUCAAUUCCGUCUACGAACGGUUGCGUGCGCACCAAACACUGAAUGAGAUCAACACAGUUAUUGCAAUGGCGCAGCGGUGGAAGGGAUACGCUGAGAGGAAGAAGCGGCACGUAGCUGUCCGUAACUACUCUUGCUACUUGUUUCCCGCUCCAGAGAAGGACGAGGGGGAUCGAACGGUCACUCUAUCCUCAGAAACGGCUGUGUUCUUGUUGAAGAACGCCAUGGACCUUAACAAAUGGGUGACGGAAGGCCUGUUUUUUGUGUCCUUUGACGAGUACGCCAAGGCACAGCAGGGAGCCUUGUGCAUUCCGUUUGCUGCGGACCGCUUGAUUGAACAGGGGGGAAGAGUGGCGGCCUUGUAUAGGUGGAUAAAUGCAUUGCCGCUCGCUGAGCUAAGAGGCCAGCUUUCUGCGGAGUUCAAAAACAUUCUUUCUUUUCUGAAGCAGGCCGAAGUGGGGGACUCCGUGGAGCUGAACAUUCCGUUUAUGAAGGCACCGUGGUUUGCGGAAUUUGAAAAUCACAUGCGAGUGUUGGGGCUGCACUUCUCGCGGAGGACGAUUACAAGGGUCCCAUCAUCAGGUGAUGAAGGCGUGCCCAUUGAGAAAGACCCUCGCUACUUUGGCACACGUCUGCUGGAGACACUUGUGACGGCGACGCGAUGCUGGAAAAAGAUUCUGGUGAUACACAAUGGUCUCUCCGACUUGGCAUUUCUCUGUGCCGCCAUGCACCAGCCGCCGCCGGAGACACUGUGCGAAUUUAAACGUACAAUUCGAGAGAUGUUUCCGUUUUUUUUUGACACGCGGACGUUGACGUGUGCCCCCUCCUUGCAGAACAUUGGCAUAUUAACGGCAACACUCAAGAAAACUUAUUUUACUCUCCUAAAGAGAAACAAGAGGAUUCAGCUUCAUUGCCCCUCAUCGUUUGAGGUGGCGGAGCAGAGUGAGAUGAAGGAGCAUGACGCUGUCAUUGACGCGUUCAUGACGGGAUCGCUUUUUUUGUUUGCACAGGAGGAACUCGCUCAGGUGGGCUCGGAUUUUCGACGACUGCGCGGCAUCACUCCCAUUUAUGGCUGCGUGUUUAGUGUGAACUUUGAGGAUGAAGUCGCCGAUUGCAUCGUGCACCCUCCUUCUGCCCCCAUCUAUUUGGUACACCGCCCCUCCCACAUGUCUCUGAACAUGGAGACACUGCGGAACAAACUGUCUGCCGUGGCGGAGGGUGUUGCCUUCAUAUUCAAUGGUGAUUAUUGCCUUGUAAAAAUUUGCGACAAGACAGUUAAAAAGGGGGUCAAGGAACAUAUUGAGGUCGUGAUCAGGCAAUGGUGUGAAAGCCUCAGUAUGGGGUUCAAACCCCUGGAUGUGGCAUCGUGCGUCCGCGCUCAUAACAUCAGUUACGUGAGUGAAAUAGAGGGGCCUCUGUUGGUUCCUCAUUAG